AUGAGCAACGGGCCGCUUAGCCUGCAGCGGCCAAUCGACAGGGUCCAGUUCAUCUCGAGUCGCAGAAUCUCCCACCAGGCGAGGCUGAGGCUGAGCGUGACGCGGCUUUGGGUCUUUUUUUCCUCGAGUAUCGCCGACUGUGAAGGAGAUCGCCGUUCUAUUCCCCCCACAAGCAAGUCUCGGCACCUGAGAUUCUCCCUGACUCGACCACAUGGCAUUGAUGUGGCAUUGAACGCACGUCAGCAGCAGCGUAGGCGACCAAGCCGGCAAGAGGCUUCUCUGGACUUGUGUCGAUCAUUGUUAUUAGAAGGGCUUCAGCGCUACAGCCGACUGCAAAGCUGUCGCAAUUGGAUCCUGUUGAAUCACACUUCUGUUCAUCGUCGGGCUGCUGUGAAGUUAAAACGUCCGCCCGGAAGCUCUUAUAGCCAUAGCCGUCGUUGGUCCUGCGACUCUUCUCGAAAACACGAUCCUUCCUCUUUCCCCUCCUACCGAUUUGUGCUAGACUCCAUCAUCUGCUCCAUCAUCUGCUCCAUCAUCUCACGGGACUGUACGACGCGCUCCAGCAAGUGCUUCAACUUUCGACCAAGACCGUUCCGACGUUGA